AUGUCGUCCUCGAUUGCCAUCUCGGUACCCUUACAGAACACGCUGGGUGUCUUCUGUUCAACUAACAAGGAUUCGCCGGUAUCGAUGGUAAAGCUGGCUUUCGCAAUAGUGCUUGAUCAAUACUUCGAUCUUCCCGAGUUUACCUGCGCCGAAGCUCUUCCAAAAGACCAUGAUGACCAAACGCACUACCUAAUAACCAGGAGCUGGCAGGUACAAUACGCUCCAGAGCUCGCCUCUACUAUCUCCAUCCGUGCAGCCUUCGGUCUCAGAGGACCAGACCUGUCGUCUGACGAUAGCUUGGCGCCGCUCCUGGUCAAUCAUACGGUCACUGCAACGCUGAACGGCGGACGGAUCGCCAAUAGGCCCACGGUAAGCCUCGUCUUCGUCGAAACAGUUCCCACUCUAACAGAGGCAUUAUUUUCUAGCCUUGCUGCACAGCACAACGGCCUUGGCCUUGUCGUCUAUUUUGACGAAGCAUCACUGUCGGCACAUGUGCUUUACAACAUCGAUCAGAACUCUGAGUUUGUGGCCACAGGCUUUGUGGACGCCUUUGCUACCGCUGUUAAAUGCAUCUCCUCAAUCUCACUUGAUACGUUUUAA